AUGCAGGGAGAGAACGACGAUAAACAGCAACAGAUCCAUCCCCACGCUGGCUUGGAGGACCAGGUUCAGGAUAAGAUGAGUGGCUUAGAGGAUCUACGGUGUGAGGAGCAGGAUCUGCAGACGUCUCUCCGUGAGGGUGAACAGGUGGAAAUUGACGGUGAUUAUCUCAAUAACAUCCAGAUCUACAUUCGUAAGCAGCUUCCUCCUCUAUCUGUCACCGGCGUGGAUGCAAAUGUCAGAGCUCAGAUAAUAGAUGAGAUGAUACGCUCCACUAUUAGUGGUUUUGUUCCUCCACUGGCUGUUCACCUCGCCGUACAACUUCUGGAUCAGUAUUUCGCAUCUAAUUCACAGGCGGUGAAAGCGUUAAACCCUCACACGGUGGCAUCUUCUGCUCUCUCUAUAGCAAUGAAACGUGGUUUAAACCCUACUGAUCUCGUCGGCGGUGCUCAAAACCGGAAUGAGUUUGAAAUACUGAACCAUAUCGGCUAUGGACUAAACGCACCAACUAGAAAGAUGUUGGUAGAUGCUGUCAUCGAUUCAACAGAGCCACAUCCUCUCACUCUGGUUUGUCUCUGGAACUAUUUCACCGAUCUUUCACUCCUCGAGAAAGACUGCUCCAAUUUCAAAAUCUCGGAUUUAACAGCAGCCAUCAUCUUUAUCGGACUAUUCCUCUUCCAGUCUUAUCAAUCUCCUCAGCUCGAACUUCCUUGGGAGUGGGACACGCAGCGACUUAGAGAGGCAGUCACUAUUCUCCACCAGCUGCAUCUAGGAAGUCGUCUACCCACCUGCCGGUCUGUGAAGACUAAAUUCUCUCCAUCAUCGCGUUGCAGCGUUGCAACCCUGACAUGCCCCUUGGUGAUCCCUGACAGCUACUUCUGCUGA